AUGCCUCAGCAGCUGCCCCUGGCUCUUGCGGAGGCCCCAAACACGGAGCCCGGGCUUCCUGCAGAAACUGCAGCUCGGCCACCACCCUCGGACGCUGCCACUGCAGCAGCAGCAGCAGCAGUAGCAGCAGUAGCAGCAACAGCAGCAGCAACAGUAGGUGAAAGGUUCGUCCUGGGGCGCGGCGACACACGCAAGCGAGCCCGUGCGCUCUCUGUAGCCCUCUUCGCCACCGUAACUGUUUCUCUCAGUCUUCUCUUCCUUGUCACCAGCUGCUGGUGGCUCGUUGACCAGCGGCUGAGGGGCCCCGGGACCCCGGGGCCCCCAGGGGCCACCUGGGGGCCCAAUGUUCGGCUCCUUGCGGGGGCGCCAAACCGCCACAGGAUGCCCUCCAGUGCAUGCGGAGAUUCAGAGGGCUUCAGAAGCUGGAGCGUUGAGGGGCCCCGGGCCCCUUUCGGGGGCCCUCAGGCCCCAUCUGGUGCUGCAGGGAGCUUUGGGGGCCCCGGGGCCCCUACAGACCCCCAAAGCUCACGAGGCCGGGAGUCCUUCUGGUUUCCGGGGCCCCCAAGCUUUGCCGGGGGCCCCCAUGACACACGCUGGGGACCAAGGGACUUUAUGCCCCCCAGAGGUUUUCAGGCCCCUUCAGGUCCGCAUCUGCCACAGGAAGGCCUGCCAGCCGCACCAGGCCUGCACCGCCCACAAGGAGGCCCGGGGGGCCCCCCAGGCGAGCGUCACCAACAAGAAGGCCUGCAGGGCCCCCCAAGUUUCCAGCGCCCACAAGGAGGUCUGCAGGCCCCACCAGGCCUGUGGCGCCCACAAGAAGGCCUGUGGGGGCCCCCAUCCCUGCGGAGCCCACAAGAAGGCCUGCAGGCUGCACCAGGCGCGUGGCGCUCACAAGGCCUAGGGGGCCCCCCAAGCAGCGGAGCUUCGGAAGCUUUCGAGCCCCCUCAAGGCCUGGGGCUCCCGCCACGGACUCGGCUUGCCCCAGGCCUGGGGACUGCACCCGACUUUGGGUUUCCAGAAGACUCGAGGUCCCCCCGAAGCCCUAGAGUCCCACCGGGUCUGGUGACCCCCCCAGCCUUGAAUGCCCAAGGGGGCGUCAAGCCCACCUUUUCUUUUGGGUCUUUUUCGAGUUCGGGGAGUUUUUCAGGUUCGGGGCCCCCCGUAGGCCUUGACGCAAGAGAGGGGUUGGGUUCUGUAGGGGGCCCCAGACUCAACACAGGUAGCACAGGGUCCUUACAAACCUCGUCAAGUAGAAGUUCAGGGACUUCAGGGGGCCCCGCAGAUCAACGGUCCUCAGGAGAUCAAGGGGCCCCCGGAUUUCUGGGGACCCCGCCGACUUUGGGGUUCGACUUUUCGGGGAAUACGACCCGUUGGGCCCCCCAGCCCCAUGGACUAAAGGGAAUCCAGAUAUGUCCCACAGUCAUUGGUCCCCAGGACUUUUGGGGGACACGCGCGGUCGGGGGGCCCCCUGGGGUUUGGAGGCUAGUGGGGAUUCGGCGGCAUUGUCAUCCCCGGUGUCCCAAGAGGACUCCCGCUAUUCUCGGGGAUCACGGCCUGUGCAGAAUACGGGGGCCCUUGGGGGCCCCGGCAGCUCGGGCUCUUCAGCCUGGUUUGGCCCCGCUGGCUCUUCCUUUAAGGGCCCCCCCGCGGGGGAGCCCUGGUGGUCCGGAGGCCCCGGAAAACCCUGGCCUGCUUGGUCCCAGAGGCCCCCUGGGCCCCCAGGGUUAA